UUUAGAUAUUUCAAAUGCUGAUGAUGAUGCUGAAGAUAAUGCUACAUCAAGCUGUCAGCAGCCAGUUCAGAAUGUUGAUCAAAAUUUAUCCAAAAUUUCACUAACGAGUAGUGCACGACAGAUAAUACAAAGUAGAUAUAUCAUGGACACGUCAAGCUUAGAAGAUAGUAAUUGGUUUCUGAAUUUUUGCACAAUAGAAAAUAAUAUGGCAAUGUGCGAUAUUUGUUCCUGGAAACAUAAUCUUAUUGACGACCAGAUAGAGCUAAUAAAAUCUCACUUGAUACGCAAACAUAAGGAAUCUUAUUUGACUAUUAUCAAUUCAUCAGAAAUCAACUUUAGAUCAUAUGAAUCGACGCAAGUUUAUGCAAUAAAAAAUAAUGACGUUUACUGCAAUUUUUGUGAACAAAUUUAUUUUGGAGAAAACAAAACGUUCCAUUAUAUACAAAAGCACAUAACGGAUAUUCAUAUAGAUGGAAUAAAUAAAGCAAAAGAAAUCUGCAAUUGGCUACAAAAACAUUUUGGCAAAAAUAUUGUGGAUGCAAAAUCAUGCUGCUGCAAUCAUUGCAAUAAUGACAUUCCCAAUAAACCAGUAUUUUUAAUUUUUCAUUUGGAACAAGUGCAUGAUGAGAUUAAAAUACCUGAGAAGAUCAGACCAACAAAAUUAUGGGAGUAUACUGCAGAUCGCAAAGAAUGGAUGUGGAAAUUUGUCACAAAAUAUUUAUUAACACAAAAUGAGGAACAUGCAAAUUGCAAUAUUUGUGAUAAACGUUUAUCUAUUACCGUAGAUUACGCAACUAUAAAUCGCCACAUAUAUAAUAAACAUAAAACAGAUUAUGGAAAACGGAUUUCAUUACAAGUUUUACAAGAAAAGAACUUUUUUUCUAUAGAAAACGAUCAAGCAAAAUGCAAUAAAUGUUCACAUAUUAGUUCUAUUCGUUAUAUUGAUCAGAACAAGGAACUGGAAAAUCAUUCAUCAAUCAAUAUAUUAAAAACUAAUUAUUCGCAUAUGUCGAUCUUUUAUUAUGAGAUGUUGCGUUAA